AUGCUGUUGGGUUUUUGCGAAGAUUACAGGCGUAUAGUAAUCAACGCUCGUCACGAACUCAUUCUUAUACGCGCGCGCAGUGAUAAUAAUUGCAUCGUUGGAGAUUCCACGCUGGAACCGGUGGUCGAAUUAUUAAAGAUACAGUGGCGAAUUCCUCACGUCAUACUGAAUGAUACGAAUAAACUAUCGUUGUUGCGAAUUUUGGAAAGCGGGCAAUACCUAAGCAUGAGUUUUCGUUCGUGGGACCUGUACGAGUACCCUUUGUUGCAAAGUACGACAAAACAUUCGUGGACCGUUAAAACUGCGAUUCAGCUGGAGAAACCGCGAUACGUCAUUUUUGCACUGCAGACUGGUCGAAAGAAUAUCAUGUCUGAAGAUGCAAGCAACUUCGAUGCAUGUAAAUUGACCAACGUGAAACUUUAUCUAAACUCUGACUUUUAUCCAUACGAUGACUUGAAUCUUGAUUUUGAUAGAAACAGAUAUGUUAUUCUUUUUGAUACAACUGUUACGAAACGCUUUGCAACACGGACAACUUUUUGUUACAUGGGCCGUUUGUAG